AUGAGCGACAGCGCAAACCUCGCAGGCUCCAAGGGAUCGUCCCCUCCAGAGUUCACUUGCAUAGUGCAGGUCAAUGCAGACUCGCUGCAGGACAGCAAGAAGUUGUUGAAGAGUGUGCAAGAUCAUGACGAUGUCGACGUGGGCAGCCGCAAGCUCGUCAACUGGAUCAGGGGUGUGAACUCCAAGAACGGGACGUUCUUCUACUCUGAGCUGUUCUUCAUCCAACAACUUACCGACAUCGCUGAAGCUCUCCGGUUGGAGACGCUGCACCUGAGGGCUGCCCGGCUCCACAUCAUGCUGGGCAGGAUCAAUGCCUUCUUGGAGAGCAGGGAUGUGUACAUUCCCCUCUGCUCCUCUUCUUCCUUCUUCUACAAGGUUGUGCGCAUUCCCCCCGAUCAAGCCAAAGUCUUUACAACCGCGACCAGAUGUCCGUACAUGAUCAUGGUGGAGACUAUCAGAACUCUGAGGAAAUGCUCAGCUCCCGAUCUGGACCCUGUUCAGAGGCUGCGGAGGUACACGAACGAGGUAGGGUUCAAGGCUGCGGUUGUGCGGGAUGGGUUCAUGGACGAGAUCAGGACCAUCUCUUCGGGAGCUUGUCUUGGUGCCAACUUGGUGCCUCGGCCCCUAGCUUCUCCUUCCAAUGAGGAGGAGCAGGAAGAGAGCAAGCAGCUGUCACGGGAGAUAGCUAACACCCUCUCCAAGGACUCGCACGUUGGAGUGUCAGGAGGUGGAUGGAGCAUGUCGAUGACAGGGUCUGGCAGGUUUCAGGAGGUAGCGAAACUUUUUCCUGAGACGUGGGAGAACAAGAAAGAGAGGAUUCGCCUGAGCUCGCCCUUCGGGAGCAGGAGAGGAUAUUCCAUCCAGACUGUCAUCGUUAAGAGCUUCGACGACGUCCGGCAGGAGGCGUUCGCCAUGCAGCUCAUUCAGCUGAUACACAACACGUGGCAGAAGGAGGAGCUCCCCGUCAAGAUCUUUCCUUACAGGAUCCUCGCCACCUCUGCCGGCACGGGGAUCAUCCAGGGGCUGACGGACGCAGUCAGCCUGGACUCGCUGAAGCAGCAGGCUGGCUUCACCUCCCUCUCCUCUCACUUCCAGCGAAUCUACGGGAAGGAGAGCGAGGCCUUCCGCCGAGCCACCGCAAACUUCCUCCAGAGUUUGGCAGGGUACUCGAUCCUUUGCCAUGUGCUGCAGGUCAAGGAUCGACACAACGGGAACAUCCUCAUUGACAGCAAAGGUCACAUGAUCCACAUCGACUUCGGCUACAUCCUCGGUUUGAGCCCGGGAAACAUGGGGUUUGAAACAGCUCCCUUCAAGCUAACGGACGAGUACGUGGAGCUGCUGGGGGGCGUCGGGUCGGAGAGCUGGAAGAGGUUUGUGUCUCACUGCAAGGCUGCCUUCCUGUCUCUGAGGCGGAUUCACCAUCGUCUCGCCGCUCUGAUGGAGCUGAUGAUGUUCAACUCGAACCUGCCCUGCUCCAGGUCCCCCCGACCAAGUCGAUGCUGAUGCUGAUGCUCUGAUCAGGGUAGGGAAGAACCGAAUCGUCCAAAACUUCGUCGCCAGGUUGUACCUUGAGAUGUCGAAUGAAGAGUGCGAGAAGAAGGUGGAAGAACUCAUCAACCUGUCGGUGAACAACUGGCGGACAUCGCAAUAUGACAACUACCAGAAGCUUGUGAACAAGAUCAUGCCGUGAAGAUGUGACGAUGAUGAAAAUGAUGAUGAUGAUGAUGAUGAUGUUUGCUGGUGUUUGAGUUGGGAGAUUAUUCUUUUUUGAGUGUUGAUAAGCAUGUACAUACACAGUAACUUUAC